ACACACUCGUGCUGCUGUGCGCAUUGCUAAAGGAGGAUGCAUAUAGGCGGAGGACAGCGUGCGCCCCUGGAUGCGUGCAGCUGAAGUCGCAGCCUCUCCACUCCAUGUUUGGCCCUGCCCUUGUGCGCUCUGCUCGCUGUGCAGCGUGUGUCUCGGCUGCAUUUGGCUUUCCUCACACUGCCGCGAACACACACGGGCUCCUGCUGCUGCUGCUGUUGCUGCUGUGCGUGUGUGAGUGUGUGUCCGGGAGAAGUUGUUGGCACAGAGAGCACCAGGUAGCAACACACGGAUUUCUUCAAGAAGGGGGGAUCUUUUUUUUUUCUUCUUCUCGAGGGGACGAUACGAGUCUUUACGCAAUGAGGUGGACGUACCAGAAUCUAAAGUGAGGAGCGUUUUUUUUAAUUUAUUUUUCUUCUCAUGGACAUCUGACAUCUUGCUCACAGCUUUCUACCAGCUCCCUUUUGGAUUUGUCUUUUUAUUCUCCCGGAGUAUUUCCCCGUGCAACACCACCGAGGAUUUCACUGAUGUGUGCGAUGUGGAGACUGCAGGUCGCUUUAUGUACUCUGUCGGUGCUGCUGUCCCUGUCAUCUGCUGGAGAAAGCAAAGCGCGGAGCUGUAGCGAGGUUAGGCAGGCUUAUAACGUUAAAGGAUUCAGCCUCGUCAAUGUGCCUCAUCAGGAAAUAUCAGGUGAGCACCUGCGUGUCUGUCCUCAGGGAUACACCUGCUGCACAUCGGAGAUGGAGGACAAACUCCACCAGCAGAGCAAACAGGAGUUUGAGAUCUUGGUGGAGGAGAGCAGCCGAAAUAUGAGGACGACGUUCGUCUCCAGACAUAAAAAGUUUGACGAGUUUUUCUUGGAGCUGCUGGACAAUUCCGAGAAGUCUCUCAACAGUAUGUUUACACGGACAUAUGGGAAGCUGUACAUGCAGAACUCAGAGGUGUUCCAGGACCUGUUCACCGAGCUGAAGCGCUACUACACGGGGGGCAACGUCAACCUGGAGGAGAUGCUGAACGACUUCUGGUCCCGGCUGCUGGAGCGCAUGUUCCAGCUGCUGAACUCGCAGUACCACUUCACAGACGACUACCUGGAGUGUGUCAGUAAAUACGCGGAUCAGCUAAAGCCUUUUGGCGAUGUGCCCAGGAAACUGAAGGCGCAGGUCACCAGGGCUUUCAUCGCAGCACGGACGUUUGUGCAGGGGCUAAUGGUGGGUCGGGAGGUCGCCAACAGGGUCGCCAAGGUGAAUGUAGUUCCAGCAUGUGUCAAAGCCUUGACCAAGAUGCUGUACUGCCCUUACUGCCGCGGCAUGCCUGGCCUGAAACCCUGCCACAACUACUGUCACAAUGUCAUGAGGGGCUGUCUCGCCAACCAGGCAGAUCUGGAUGCUGAAUGGAACCUCUUCAUCGAUGCCAUGUUGCUGGUGGCAGACAGACUGGAGGGGCCCGUCAAUAUCGAAGCCGUCAUAGAGCCGGUGGACAUCAAGAUCUCCGAGGCCAUCAUGACCAUGCAGGACAACAGCAUGACAGUGUCGGCCAAGGUUUUUCAAGGGUGUGGUCAGCCGAAGCCAUCGGGAAUCGGCAGGUCUGCACGCGGCAUCUCAGACGUGUUCAGUGCUCGAUUCAGACCCUUCACCCCCGAAGAGAGACCGACCACAGCAGCGGGGACAAGCCUGGAUAGACUGAGGGCUGUGUGGAGGACAAUGCAACACAGUGUGAUAGACAUCAAAGAGAAGCUGAAGGAGUCCAAGCGGUUCUGGACCAACCUGCCGGAUGACAUCUGUGCCAAAGGCAAGCUCACAGAGUCUGACGAAGAGCAGUGCUGGAACAGCCACGGGAAGGGCAGAUAUUUCCCCGAGGUGGUGAAGGAGGGUCUAACCAACCAGCAGAACAACCCUGAAGUGGACGUGGAUAUCACCAGACCGGACACACUGAUACGACAACAGAUCAUGGCUUUACGUGUCAUGACCAACAAGCUGAAGAACGCCUACAACGGGAACGAUAUCUACUUCCAGGACUCCAGUGAUGAGGGAAGCAGUUCUGGCAGUGGCAGUGGCUGCACUGAUGGCUGCACAACAGAGAUGGUUUUUGUUGGAACAGAAGCUCCCGUGAUUGGAGCCGACAGAAGUGAUGAAAGAGCAGCAGCAGCCGCGGGAAAGUCACUGUCAUGCGGACCCUCUCUGCUGCUGGUGAUGUUUGCCUUCACACUCUGGGCAAUGCAGACUCAAUGGAGAUAAUACACGGGUGUGGCUUAAUCACUGACUUUUAAUACUGUUGCCUACAGUAAGUUUAACAGCAAGUUGUACUGCUGUUCCCUCACUGGACAUGUAGAACCUCCUGGAAACCUGCGGAGAACGGCAAACUGUGUGAGAUGAUUGGACUGGAAGUGAGUGCAGUGCUGCAUCCUGCUCAUCCCCCAAAGAAUGCUCAGUGCCAUCACUGAUCCAGCUUUCACGUCUCUGAAAAUAACAAAAUGUGGUGUUUUAUCAUUAAUCUGAAGUGGGUUUUCAAAGAACGUGCUUUGGUGAAAAAUGAUCGGAUUUUUCAGAUAAAGGGGUAACUAUUUUCCUUUGUAUGAUGAAGUUAUGAAAAUGAUUUUUCCCCUACCCGUCUUGUCCCCCUCAGACAGAAGGAGAAAGUCUUACUGUGUGCAUGCAUGGAAAUGAUGUUAACUGGAAAAAAUGUAAUUUGUUUUCUUACGCAGGCUACACAGUUUUGGAUUGGUCAGCACAGGAUUGUACAGCGCUAGCAGUUCACCUGGUUUCCCGUUUGGUCGUAUCAGUGUGGCUUCAGGAAGCGGCAGAUCUUGCAGCCACCUUUAUAGUUGCACAUUUUGAUUAUCUCCGGGAAAGUGCUAACGUACCGCACCGAGAGAACUACUUUGCACAGAUUAUUUUUGUUGGUGUCAUAACUUUAUAAAGCUACCGGAUACAUUCACCCCAUAGAGAGAGAAGAUCUAUAUUUUCAGAUCAUUUAAAUGAUUGUAUCGUACUUAUAACAAGUUGCAGUUUGUAUUUUACUGGGAGGUAUGCUAUGACGUAAUCUUACUGGUUUAGUUACUGGUUACAUUGUUUAGUUAAAUUUGUUCUUACAAACUAUUUGAUCACCUGUAAAAUAAAAAAAUCCAGAGCUUC